CGGAAAGAGCAGUGGCGUGCAUUAGACAACAGCGCGUGAGAUGGGAGAUGCACUGAAUGAAAUGUUGUAAGGGAUAUUCAACGUCAAAUAUUUAUAUUUUUUGUGCUAUUAGUUUAUUAGGAUGUCGGCGUCUGCUAUAUUCAUCCUGGACCUUAAAGGAAAGGUGUUGAUCAGUCGUAACUACAUGGGAAACAUGGACAUGAAUGAGGUCGACCACUUCAUGCCCAUUAUGAUGAGGAUGGAGGAGGACGCAGACUCAUCGCCCCUGGUGACACACGGCUCCGCCCACUUCCUGUGGAUCAAACACAGAAACCUCUACUUGGUGGCAAUGACCAAGAAGAAUGCCAAUGCAGCCCUUGUCUACUCCUUCCUCUACAAAAUGGUGGAGGUGUUUAAGGAGUACUUUAAGGAGCUGGAGGAGGAGAGUAUCCGUGACAACUUUGUGACGGUGUAUGAGCUGAUGGACGAGGUCAUGGACUUUGGCUUCCCUCAGACCACAGACAGCAAGAUCCUGCAAGAGUACAUCACCCAACAGGGUCACAAACUGGAUGUGGGCGCCCCUCGCCCCCCCGCCACCGUCACGAACGCUGUGUCCUGGAGGUCGGAGGGCAUCAAGUACAGGAAGAACGAGGUGUUCAUGGACGUCAUCGAGUCCGUCAACCUACUGGUGAGUGCUACCGGCAGUGUCCUGCGUAGUGAGAUCGUGGGCAGCAUCAAGCUCAAGGUGGUCCUGUCUGGGAUGCCUGAACUCAGACUGGGCCUCAACGACAAAGUGCUCUUUGAAAUCACAGGACGAGAGAAAAGUAAGACGGUAGAGCUGGAGGAUGUCAAGUUCCAUCAAUGUGUCCGUCUGUCCCGUUUCGAGAACGACCGCACCAUCUCCUUCAUCCCCCCCGACGGAGAGUCCGAACUCAUGUCCUACCGCCUCAACACCACGGUGAAGCCUCUGAUAUGGAUUGAGAGUGUGAUUGAGAAGUUCUCCCACAGCCGAGUGGAGAUCAAGGUUAAGGCCAGGAGUCAGUUUAAGAGUCGCUCCACUGCCAACAAUGUGGCCAUCAUGGUACCUGUUCCCAGCGACGCAGACUCGCCCAAAUUCAAGACGAGCACAGGCAGCUGCAAGUAUCUUCCCGAGAAGAGCGUGGUGCAGUGGAACAUCAAGUCCUUCCCUGGGGGGAAAGAGUACAUGAUGAGGGCUCACUUUGGUCUGCCUAGUGUGGAGAGUACUGAGUUGGAGGGGAGAAGGCCCAUCACUGUCAACUUUGAGAUCCCCUAUUUCACUGUAUCUGGUAUCCAGGUACGCUAUCUGAAGAUCAUUGAGAAAAGUGGCUAUGAGGCCUUACCAUGGGUACGCUAUAUAACACAGAGUGGAGAUUAUCAACUCCGGACAAACUAAGGGCGAGCCUGCUGCUAGACAAAUAGAUUGUCACUCUCUCCCUCUCUCUGGGAGUGAGGGACAACAGAGGACAAGGAAAGGGGAACAACUUUCACCACUGUCAAUUCUCAAAGGACCAUGUAGUCAUCUUGCAGACAUGAGGACCUUCAAGACUCAAUUUCCCUUCAGAACUCGACUGUUGUCACCUUUGACCUUUGCUGUGUUACAUCAUCUGGAGAAACAUGUUUUAUCUUUUUAGAAUAAUGAACCUAGUGGUUUUCUUACUGGUCACAUUGUAAACAUUUGUAUAGUUGUAUUUUCUUCUUAAAUCUGGAAGAAUUCAGGACAUUUAUGAUCUCUGAAGUGUGAAUGUUGAAACCUGUGUACAGUACUGAUAUAAAAUUAUAUCUGGUUGGUGUGGAUGCUAGCGGUUGAUGUUAUCUUGGGGCCAGCUGUAAGCAUAUAAUCCCCACUGUGUCCAAUGAGAUGAACACCAAGAUAAUGAAUAGGCCUGCAUAAUAUCAGCAGCUGUGUAUUACCAUAUUGUCGUCACAGUUCCUAGACAUGUGCUUGUACUCAGCUGACGACUACGAGGAAAAGGCUGAAGGAAUUCUCUGUGUGCAAAUUACAAUUAUGUAGUGUUUCUAACAGUCUUGUGAUACAGACACAUUUAACGCCUCGAGGAAAAGCCACGAUCAAAAUAAGUAAUAAUAAUAAUAAUACAGGUGGUCCGAUAUGAAGAGAAUGUUGUUUAGAUAGGAAACAAAGUGAACAUAUCUAUGUCAAUGUGUCCCCACCAAACAUACACCCAACUUUUCCAAAGCAGCUAUUGGUUGGUAUGGUUACAGUAGUAUGUUGUGCGUGCAAUGCACCACCCCUCAUAUCAGUUCUGGUUCUCUAUGCCAGGGAAAUAGCUCUGAUUCUCUCUGCCAGGGGAAUAGCUCUGGUUUGCUGUGUGUAGGCCUACUGUAUGAAAUCCAGACCUGGUUUCAAAUACAUGUUUAUUUGAGUAUUUGUUAUUUAAAUACUAAUUUUCUGUUUAUUUGAGUAUUUGUUAUUUAAAUACAAAUUUUCUGUAUAUUUUAGUAUUUUCAAAUGUGGUGAAUCAACUUUUUUUCAAAAUACUAUUUUCAAAUACCUGGGAUAGAUGCACGGGAGUAUAUUUGAGACCGUCUAUUUGAAUAUUUUGAAAUACUUUCCAAGUGUAUUUCCAAAUAUAUUCCAAUAUUCAACUACUUGUUUUUCCAAAUAAAAAAUAAAUACUUACUUCCAGAUGUCUUUGAAAGUAAUUGAUAUAGCCUAAAUAGUAUGUGAACCCAGGUCUGAUAAUCUCAUAUUAAACCAUCCAUAUAAAAUGGCUGAUUAUGAGGAACAGGACAAAUAUGACUACACUCGCCCAGAUAUUCUCUCCAGUGGGGUUUUAAUGAUUGAAAACCACAAUCUAUUAAUAUCUUAUUUAUUAACCUCUAUGUCAAUGGGAGACAAAGGGAUCUAGAAAUAAAUAAAUAACUUUGUACCUUA